UCGUUGAUAGUUCGCAUAGCAAGGUACCCCAACUCGGAGAAACCGACGCGUAGGUCAAACCUUGCCUCGGUUUAAUUCACAUAUGUAUUAUUUUUCCCCCAGUUUUUUUCUGGUAGAAUAUUCCCAAACCUCGAUAUUAAAUUGUAUUCCGCGGCAUGUAGUUAGCGUGCUGUCUAACGUUACCGGCUUUGCGCCAGGAGUGAAGACCAAUCAAUCACCGGGUACCUUCGCUAGCUAGGUUGUGUGUACAGUGUGGUGUUGCUGAGGCAAGGGAAAAAACGCAGCGGUCACCGGUGACUGGAUCUUGUGGCGUGAGCACUAAUGCUGUCUAGCAAACACGGCGAAUCCCAGUCGCCGGUGUGAAACGCGGUGUGUAAAAUACAUCUUGCAGCCCUCGACCCAUAUUAUAAUAAUAGAUAGGUCGAUAGUGGGAGAAGCGCAAGGAUGUUGCAAGUGCUGGCUUGCGGCGUCGUAGUUUUUCCCGGACUCUUCUUCGUCUUUCGGAGGGUACUCCCGUCCAUUUUCAAACAGUGGACCGAUGCAGACGUUGUACUGGUCAGCGAGAGGCUGGUGUCCUCCAUCCACGCCAUCAUGGCCACCACGGCAGGAGUCAUCGUCGUGUUGGCAUGCAGCGGUGACGUCAUGACUGACAGGUACUGGCUGGCCACCUACUUUGUCAUCUGGUACGGCGUGCCCUACAUGACAUACGAUAUCUACGCCAUGUAUCUCAGCCACUACUACCGCUUCCGGGUCAAGGGUCACGAGGAGUAUAAGGAGCACUCGUUGACCACAGUCAACUCGUUUGUCCGCCGAGAGUUCCUGCUGGUGCUCCACCACAUCGCGCUGCUCACCAUCCUGCUGCCCGUCACCCUGUUCUUCAGGAGGGACCAGGGUGACUACUUCAUUGGCUGCCUGUUCCUCACAGAGCUCAGCACGCCCUUCGUCUCCUUAGGGAAGAUCCUCAUCCAGCUGGGUCUGCAGGACUGCUGGAUCCAUAAGGCCAAUGGGGGCAUGGUGUUGCUCAGCUUCUUCCUGUGUCGAAUCGCCCUCUUUCCCUACAUGCACUGGGUCUACGGCCGUCACUACGGCAUCCCUGUCUACGGCGUGCCGUUCCACCUGACACUGUCGGUCAACCUGGGCAGCCUGUGUAUCCUGGCGCCGCAGGUCUACUGGUUCGUGCUGCUCUGCCGCAAGGGCUGGCGGCUCUACCAGCGCCAGUGUCACUCCUCCCCCUGCCCCCACCGAGCCCCCCCUCCCUCACGGACAACCAACCCAAGGGAAACCAUUAGAGCUGGAGAGCUCUCUCCGUCACCACCGCGCUCUCUCUGUUCUUCCUCGGUUCUCUCUACUCUAUAUGAAAAUGAUCCACCAUCGACUACCACUUCUACUGCAGAAGCACUUCGGCUACAUACCACAGUCUCCACAAAUACCGUUACUACUAUGAUUCCACUAGUACUGCUACUGCUCCUCCUCCCCCAUGCUUCCCUUUUGCUUCGAUACUACUGAUCGCUCCAUGGCCAGUCCAAGCUCUACUCAAAACAUUUUUUGUGUGUGUGCUUGUGUGCUUGGAUUAGAGUGAUUGGACAGGGGUUAUAUUUGUAGUGGUACACUGGAGCUUCCCUAAAAGAUAUGAAGAAGACCGAGAAUGGAGGUCCUUGCUUUUUUCGGAGGGGGCGGGCUGAUACACUUCCCGGCCCCUCCACUUCAUCUAUUACUUGCUCUGCUGAUUGGAAGAUCAGUUAGUGUAGAUGAAUGUGUAGAUUUAUUUUGUUUUGUCAAUGGUUUUUAUGUCAAGUCUUGAAGAUUCACAUUUUCUGAAGUGUUUGUCCACCCACCCAGUCUUUAAAAGACCGCCGGCGGGAGAGGAGGAGGAGGAGUGGGAGAGGGCACUUGGCAUGGAGAUAGUAAUGGUGACAAGGCUGGAUGGUGGGUGGAAUGGCGUGUUUACAAACUAAGAUAGGUACGGGUGUCACCUCAUCUACAUUUGAAGGAGAAAAUGAGAAAUGUUUGCACCAAGCUCUUUGCACCAGCAUAGCUACACAAAAACCCAUUUAAUGUGAUUGGAUUGUGGAACUCCACCCUCCUUUAUCCACCUGAGCGCCUCCCCAUUGUCCCGUUUCCUCAUUCACAGUUCUCCAUGGCUGCCGCCGCUGGCCAAUCGGUGUGCCUGCAGCGCGCUCGUCUUCCUCCUUUGUUGUUUACGGCCCAACAGGGUGUGCUGCCCUGCUGUGUCUGUUUACAUGAAUUCUCUAAACCCACACCCCUCAGUGUCACACAGGGUGGGGCAUCACAAGCUAGGAGCCUCUCUCUAUAUUAUGUGCUGUGUCCUCCCUACCUAAAGGGGGUGGCUUAGCAAAAGCUUUGUCCGUAUGUUUACAUACACAAGACUUCUCUGGGAGCGCUGUAGCAGCAUUAGAAGGAAUGGGCUUGUUUAUUCCCGGGUUCGACUCCAUUGCAACAGCUGAAGCUGCUUUUAAUGGGUGGAGACAAGACUUUACGGUCACUCGACGUCAAGUUUGCGGGGUGGGAGUGAUGAGGUGAUUCUGUUAGGUCAAUGCUGCCCUCUGGUGGCCACAUGGGAGGGGCUUGUAUACCACUGGGCAUCCCUUUUUAAGGUCACAUUGUGUUCUCCAGGGACCGGCCCAGUAGGUGCCAGUUGGUGCAAUAAAACAGACGGGGUUGAAAAUGGCGAGGACAAUUUAAAACCCCAUGUAGUAGAGAUGAACCUGAUGUUUAGACUUAAAAACCAGUAAUGUUCCUAGCAUGAUGCUGGAGCAGGAUGAUUACACAGCUGCAUGCGGCCCUGCUCCAAAAUUAUACUCUAUUUUCAAACAGAAGACUGUCGAAUAGAAUAAGAAAGGCUUGAUGGUGGCCAUACACUCAUUUCAUGUAUUCUACUUUUACUCAUGAUUGCCUUUUCUGGGGAUUAAUUAUGAGUUUUCCCCGACUUGGUUGGCUCCUUAGAACAGGUCAGCAAGCAGGAAACAACCACCGUUUUUUAUUUUUCAGUAACUGUCCAGUGAAAAUAUCACUUUUAAAAGUUCAUAUUCUGUUAAUAACUCGUACCCAAAUGUUGACUCAUCCUAUAGUUGUAUUUGUGGCCAAAGCAUAAAUUGGAGGGGGAAAAACACCCCAAAAUUGUAUCUAGAGCUGGGACGAUAAGCAGAAAAUUAUCGACAUUACCUUCCCCUCACCGAAGCAUUUUGCAUACACCAGGAAUUUUCUGUAUUUUGCUAAACAAUGAUUCUGUCGUUUGUCCUAAAAUCAUUAUUUGGUCAACAGUGAUAGCCUAUGCAUUAUGUUGAUCCCUGCUUGUCCCUGUUUCGCUGUUGGCUGCUGACACCAACUGCACACAGAGAGAGAUGCAUUCUGAGAAGCACAAGCAUAUGGCCGCUGCUCAAAAUGCUAUUGGGGGGUACCGUUUUCAAAGCAACUACUUUUGUUCUAGUUAGAGAGGAGACACAGCUUUCUGUGAGUAUAUCAUGUAUUUAUCACCUCAAUUGAGUUCAUGGAAACACUUUACAACCAGAAUAGGCUGUAGUUAGUAUGGUUUCGAUGCAGCGGAGAUGAGCAGAGCCCCAUUUGCAGUUAAUAUGCCUACAUCAUGUAGCCUAGGCCGAGCGGUGGGAAGGUUCUGUAGGACAUUUGCCUACGUUUACUGAUAGCCAUGUAGGCUAAUUAUUUAUUCUACAAAGCAACCAUAUCCUAUUUUGAGUUAGCAAUCUAGCUGUUUUGAGUUCCCACUUCCUCAGGUGGUGAAUAAUAUAGCCUUUAGGCCAAUCUGCACAAAGAUGUUGUCAAAAAUACACCUGCUAAUAUUGGAUCAUAUUUUAAUAGGUUACAAAUCGAGAUAUCUCAUGCAUUUCCUGGAUAUGUUAGAUGAAAUGGCUUACUUUUUGAGUCAGGCUGCCAAGUGUCACUUGGCACUGAAAAAUAAAUUAUCGAGAGCCCUGCCGCUAAUGUAAAGUAACUGUCCAUUAAAAAAAAAUGUAAAAAAAAUGUAUCAUUGUAUUUGUUAUCGAGCAAUAUUGUUACAUUUAUUGCAAUAGUACUUUUUGUCCAUAUCGCCCAGCUCGAGCACCUCCCAAUUUUUAUUUCUAUAAUUUAGCGCAGAAUUAUCAUUGGAGCAUUUUUUGUGAUUUUUUUUUGUGUGUUUGUUGUACAUUAUCAUGAUAUGGGUUUUUGUCCAUAUCGCCCAGCUCUACAGACAGUUUAAAAAAUGCUAUUUCCACAUAGAGGAUGAUGUCAUCCCAGCAGCCAACUCACAUUCAUAUUUUUUGACUGGUCGACGCCCACACCAUUCGGCUGUUUGGGUCCGCCCACACCAUUCGGCUGUUUGGGUCCGCCCACACCAUUCGGCUGUUUGGGUCCGCCCACACCAUUCGGCUGUUUGGGUCCGCCCACACCAUUCGGCUGUUUGGGUCCGCCCACACCAUUCGGCUGUUUGGGUCCGCCCACACCAUUCGGCUGUUUGGGUCCGCCCACACCAUUCGGCUGUUUGGGUCCGCCCACACCAUUCCAAAACAGAAAAUAUGCUUUUUAACAUAAUUACAUUUUUGGGGAGAAGAAACAAUUCCAGUCAUUGUAAUUAAUUAUAGGUCAUAUUUCAUAGAAAUCUGGACACUGGCCAGUUACUUUAAAUGUGAUACAUCUUAUCAUAUUGUCCACAAACCAAUAAUACCUUGAAUACUUUCCCAGAGUUUUAUGUCGUCUUUUAACCUACUUGUCCGUAGCCUUCAAAUAUGAAGGCAAUAGUUCUGUAUAAAUUAAACACCGUUAACUUGUAGAUAAUUCUGACUAAUUUACUAGUAAAUUGAAGUGCUGGUUAUUUUAGCCAGAGUGCCCAUCCACGGCAUGUGUUUUAUAGUGGCAAGGAGGAACUGACGCUUGUUGGCAUCAGUGCUGCUCACAUGGAGCACCAAUCGCAUAGCUGUAAAUACAGGAUAAUAAUAACUAAAUAUGUUUGUUUUUAGAGAAUGCACUACCACAUGCACAUUUAUUUUAAAUGAAAUACAAUCUUGAUAAUGAGAAGCUUCUAUAGAUUCUGUUAGCACUUUGAACACUUUGAAACCAUGAGAGGUACAUGAAUAUCACACACACUAUUUCUGCUGAAACUCAACACAUUAUUCCAGUUAUCACUGACCAGACUUAAGAAGGCUGCCCUUGGCAAUGGGAUACAUUUGAGAAUGGAGGGAAGUGUUUGUGCGAGGACCAAAACAACUUUGCUUCAAACCUACAUGCCCUGACCACAUUUUAGCUUGAGCAAAUCAUCAUGUAUUUAAUCAACGUUAUCUGGUCUUAGAGGCUAUUUUAGUAUUGGGCCCCAGGAUGCACCUUUGCAUCAGUUUUGUCAACGUGGCCCUGUCCGCUGACGUUCUGUCUGCAUGUUAGGUUGCAUUUUAGGGAUUCUGCUGUCCUCUGUAGGAGACCCCUGCAUUGUGGAGACUGCUCUCUGUUGGUGACUGAUGCAUUGUGGGGACUCUGCUCUCUUUAGGAAACUGCGGCAUGGUAGGGAAUCUGCUCUCCUCUCCAGUGGACGGUUGCAUUGUGGUGACAGUGCUGUACUCCGUAGACCCCUGCAUUGUGGAGACUCAGCCAUUUUCUGCUGAGAAACACUCCAGUCCGGGAAAGGACCAAACCAGGCCACUGCUUCCGGGGUGGCGCUGGAGCAAAGAGCAGAGCAGGCAGAAGGCUGGGGAAGGGAGGAAGCGAAGCUGAGUACUGCUGCUUUUAAACGAUGGGCUUGUUUGUCUGGUUUGGCCCGGACCCCGAGACAGAGGCAAAGAGUCCAGCUUUAUCAAUAUGCCUCAUCUGUCUGUCUGUCUGUCUGACUGAUGCGACCACAGAUCUCCAUACAGAAACAUCCCAGGCCUUCUAAUUGUGCGCUCUCACUCUCUUGUCCUCCCUAUUUCUCUCUCUCCCUUCCUGUCUCCAUCUUUCUCACUCACUCCUCGUACCCUUACUUUACGUUUACCCGCAUUGGGGAAUGUCCCGCGUAUGCGCCACGUCUGUUUCUAUGGGCACAAGCACUGUUCAUGACUAACUGUUCACACCUCUCUUGUUGGUGGAGAGAAUGCAGGUUUAAAUCUUAUUUCCUGCAAUUCUGUCCCCCUCCAAAAAAUAUAUAUUAUUAUUAAUUAAUUCAUUGUAAUUUAUUUAUUUAUGUUAAUUUAAAAAAAAAAUGUCAUGGGGUGCAAAGAAAAUUUUGCAGUUUUAAUACAAAUGUUUUUGCAGUUCUAUACAUUUUGCCAUGUCUAAUGUGUGUUCAUGUGAUAUUGAGUGACAAAAAAAUUACAACAAUAUCUAUGAGCUAAAAAAAUGUUAGCAUUCUGCUAUUACAGCUCUCAAGAGUAAGUUGUUAAAGCUGGACUGUGUUCCUUAAAAGAAUUAUGCCGCCCCAGAGUUUGGGAACCACUGAUCUAGAUGAGCCGUUGCUGGCAUCAGGUGUCUAGUCUCUCCACUCAGCAGCUCAAGAGUCCAGGGAACACAGGGUUAAUUAGGCUACAGGGCCAUUUCCUAACAAGGCCAAUCAAGCCAUCAUGGCUUUAAAAAGGCUCUCUGGAUGUGCUGCUCACAGUGAUGGCUAAAGGACAGACUCUCCAUCUCUUCACAAGGGUUCCCUCCCAACUGGCACCCUGUUCCCUCCCAACUGGCACCCUGUUCCCUCCCAACUGGCACCCUGUUCCCUCCCAACUGGCACCCUGUUCCCUCCCAACUGGCACCCUGUUCCCUCCCAACUGGCACCCUUAUUCCCUCCCAACUGGCACCCUUAUUCCCUCCCAACUGGCACCCUUAUUCCCUCCCAACUGGCACCCUUAUUCCCUCCCAACUGGCACCCUAUUCCCUAUAUAGUGCACUACAUUCGACCAGAGCCCUAUUUUAUGUACUGCACUUGAUUUUAUGUAGGCCUACUUUUAAUGCAAGAUGUCCUUGACUAUCUUGAAAUGUGUACCCCAAGUAAAGUCACAAAUGUCCUCACAACCAAUCACCUCACAAUACAGGACAACCACUUUUGGGAACCUUAUGUGGUUGACGUCGACAUUUCAGAGACAUUUUCCCCCAAGGUCACGGUCGACGUCGUCGUGAGGCAUGAGGCGGAUUAUAGAGAGCUAGUGGUCUCGGACACUUUGACACUCAGGGCAUCUUGACGUGUCGCUAAAUCCCCCGCCCCCUACCCUGCCAUCCAAUCCAGAGCCUUCUAAUCAUGCAUAGGGUUCAAGGGUCUGCAUGCAAAACACAUAUCCUGUUAAUCAUCUUUAUUUUCAUUCUUAAUCCGGACAGAUUUGUUUUGUUAUAAUAUAUGAAGUCUUAUGUUCGGCCUUCUUGGAGGCUCCUCUCUUUGCUCAGGGUUUGAUGAAGAUGUUAACAUAUAACUGUAUAACUUAGAUUUGUUUUAAAAUUGUGAAACGAGUUACGAUGAAAACAAUGGAUUCUGAAAUAUCAAAUACCUGGAAUGGCAUGCGGUUUUCUCCUGCUUGUGCCAUUGUUUUCUUUGAUUUCUUCCAAAUUCAUUUUGACAUGGCUUGUGGUAUUGCAACCUGUAGGGUUGGUAGACCAAAGAUUGUCAGGCACUUUAGUCAACCCCCCCCCCGACUGCAUGGGGCAGUGUCUCCCCUUCCCACUAACGCAACCCUUAUCCCAGGUCGGCAUCCAUCCAUAUCUAGUCUAUGUAGGGGCCUCGGCACAGUGAAGCUUGAGUUGUGCAUUAUCAGUGUGAUCAGAAUUAAUGGCUGUGCAGAGGUGGAACAUUUAGCUGGGGUCUGGGGGCAGUGCCCCCUAGGCUUACUUUUCCAGUCGUUUUGCUGCUUUGAUUUCACACAUAUCCACACAGGGCCGGUCCCUCUUAUCAAGGGACUCACAGGGACCUGGUAGGUGUCGAGGGUAUGGCCCACUGACUGGCUGGCCACUGGAUUCAAGUUAAAACUGAAUUGGGUUACAUUUCUAUAACUGGGCUAAUAAAACGUUUUAUCCGUUGUAUUUCCGCUGUCCUCUUUGUACAAUACUACUGUACACGUCUUCUUUUCAAAAAUCCCCCAUACUAUUUUUUACCCCGUUUUCCUCCCCAAUUUCGUGAUAUCCAAUUACGAUCUUGUCUCAUCGCUGCAACUCUCCGGGUGAGGGAGAUGCAAAGGUCGAGUCAUGCGUCCUCUGAAACAUGACCCGCCAAACCGCUCUUUUUAACAUGCGCCCGCUUAACCCGGAAGCCAGCUGCACCUAUGUGUCGUAGGAAACAGUUCAACUGACGACCAGCCUGUAGGCGCCCGGCCCGCCACAAGGAGUCCCUAGAGCGCGAUGAGCCAAGUAAAGCCCCCCAUGGCUAAACCCUCCCCUAACUCGGACAACCCUAGGCUAAUAGGGCAUCGCACAAUGGGACUCCCAGUUACGGACGGUUGUGACACAGCCUGGGAUCAAAUCCGAGUCUGUAGUGACGCCGCCUUAGAGCGCUGCGCCACUCGGGAGGCCUUAUAUUUUUUUAAGACGGGGUGUUUGUCAACUCCUUUGGGGGGGUCUUCCAAUGUGCUUCUCUCUUCCAUCACGGUUAGUUUUUAUAUACUCAAGUUCCGAAUUUGUUUGCUGUGCUUUGUUUUUUUGUGGAUUUAGACUCUAUGACAGGACACGGUGUACUGUUAACGUUCUCUGUCCCGACUCGGACUUCCAUCCUCCUGUCUGUCACCUUUUGGCUGUGUAAUUUACUAAAUGCAGCUUAUUCACUACCUUCAACACUCCCUGCCUCCUGUUAAUUUUGAUAACAUUAUCUGAUUUUUUCAUAUAUAUUUAUAUAUCUGAUUUUGAUAUAUACAUAUAUAUAUAUAUAAGGUUUUUGUUUGUUUGUAGUGUGCCCUUUUUUGAGGAAUUUCUUAUCUGAGAAACGAAUGGGCUCUUUAAGUAACCUAAACAUUGAUUGAGAGGAAUUAUUUUGUUGCAACUUGUAAAAGACACCCCAUAAAGACAAAUAAAACUGAUUUGAUGAAUCCUUUUAAACCAGAA